AUGCCUUCAGGCGAAGAUACAUUGACAAAGGUGUCGACCGAAGCGGCAACCGAAUUUGUCCAGUCCUUUUAUCCUGCCAUAAACUCGAAUCGUGAAUCUAUCCACUCAUACUAUGCACCGGCACCCUCACCAGUCCUGUUCAAUGGCAACCCUGUCGCGGACGGCGCGGCCGUGCAAGAAAUAUUUGUCCACCAAAUGCCCGCAGCUGUGUACGACGUCCAAUCUUAUGACUGUCAAAUCAUCAACCCUGCAUAUCCCACAAUCACUUCAGCCGGCCCGAAGCCCCAGUCCGAAAUGGGUGUCAAAGACAUGUCGAUCCUCAUUCUCGUCAGUGGCUAUGUUCGCUAUGGAGAGGAUCCCGAUGCACCCCAGCGCGGAUUCAGCGAGACCUUUGUUCUGGUGCCGAACCCAUCGUCUGAUAAGGCCCGGGGUCGCAAAGAGUGGCUCAUUCAGAGUCAGAACUUCCGCUUGGUCGUAUGA